AUGUGCGGAGUGUCGUGUGCAGUUGGACUGUAGUAGAGAAGAUCGAGUUGUAACGUGCACGCUGAAUCAUACACACUGACAAUGGCAGCUUCCGCUAAAGGAGAAUAUCAGUUUCUGGGGCGAUCCGGACUGAAAGUGUCAAAUAUCUGCCUCGGGACUAUGACGUUUGGAAAGACUGGGGGCGGUCAUCCAGCAUUUUCGAGUCCUACACAACUGGAUGAGGCGAAAGCUCACGAGAUCUUAGAUCGAUAUGCGGCUUUGGGAGGAAAUUUCAUCGACACUGCCAAUAUGUACUGCCAUGGCCAGUCAGAGGAAAUCAUAGGGUCGUGGCUAAAAAAACAAAAACGUAGUGAUUUCAUUAUCGCCACAAAACUUCGCGCCAAAAUGGGUGACGGUCCCAAUGAUGUGGGUUUGAGCAGACGACAUAUCAUGCAGAUGUGUGAGGACAGUCUACGUCGACUACAGACGGAUUACAUUGACCUGUACCAGACCCACUGCUGGGACUAUGGCGUGCCGCUAGAGGAAACAUUCCGCGCUCUGGACGACCUUGUCAAAGCUGGGAAGGUCAGGUACAUUGGGGUUAGCAAUGUUAACGGAUGGAUGAUGCAGAAGAUUGUGAGCACGAUUAAAGAACUUGGUCUUACCAACGUCAUCAGCCUACAGCAACAAUACAAUUUGCUGUGUAGACAUUCUGAGUGGGAAGAAUUUCAAGUAUGUCGCAAUGAGGGGCUAGGGGUCAUGGUUUGGAGCCCCCUAAAGGGUGGAAUGCUAACUGGAAAAUUUGAACGAGGCCAGAGGCCAGAUGGCGACGGAAGUCGAAUCGGUCACGUGCACAAGAACGAGAAAUCUGCGAUAUCCAGCUGUCCUGCAUGGACCUGGUAUGCAGAGGACGAGGCCUACUGGAACCUUGUGGAUGUAAUGAAGAAGGCGGCUGCUAACCACGGUAAAUCUGUGCCCCAAGUGUCACUGAAAUGGUUACUACAGAAGAAUGUAGUAUCGUCUGUCAUUAUCGGGGUUACCUCUGUUAAGCAGCUGGAGGACAACAUGGCGGCGGGGGGAGACUGGCAGCUGACAAAAGAAGAGAUGACAAGUUUGGACGAAACCUCAGCACUACCUAGUACAUAUCCAUACAACCAAUUAGAGCGCAUGAAUGCAGGACGAAAUAAUCCCUUCUUUGCCCUUCCGUUCGUAGAAAACGUUUUUAAAUGAUGAAAGUAUUGUGGAAAUAAGAGGCGAACGUUUUUAGAUAAUGAAUCAAUCCGUAUUCAUAAACAUAAUAAAUUCUAUUAACUCAGGAGAAAUGAGCCAUAACCGAAAUGUUUAAACGGUGUCGUUAGCAGGUCACGACCUAUAGCCUUCAUAGUGGAUCUUAUUAUUUAGAAUAUUAAGGGUAAUGCACAUGCACACACUUGCUAUUCAUAAAAUAUUCAUAAAAUAUACCAGAAUAAUUCAUACUAUGAUUUCAAAUUAUAUGUGAUUGGUAAUUAUUGGUAGUCUAUCGUGCUAUGCGUAUGAGAUUUUGGUGAUUUUACCAGAAAAUAAAAUGCUUGAACCAAGGGUAGAAUUUCUACAUCCCAAAAAUCCACUUUCUGAUUGAUUAUUCCUUUUUCUCCCACAACCUGAAUGUGUUGCACAGAUCAACCAAAAGUAUAUAUAUAGUUUAAAGCAGAUUGCAAAAGCUCGUUAAUUGUCUAAUCUGUACAAGUUGUAGAUAUUCUUCUACAGAUCAAAACAUGGAUAGGGGGGCAAAAACGUUUCAAAACGUCAGCCGGCAAGUUACGUAAUGUACUUAACAUUGAAGACAAAUAUAUUUGGUUAAAUGCAAUUCCUGUUUUUCAUGAAGGACUUGACAAGAAAACCAGUGUCCCCGCGUGUUACACAUACGUGAGUGUAGGAGAACAUUCUAUUAAUAACCAGGGUUGUUGAUAAUUGGUAAUUUUAGUUUAUGUUCAUUUUAUUAUCCAAUAUUUGAUUGAUUUGAUGACAUGUUGUUACUGUUUGUGUUACAAUAUAAAUAAAUAAUUUAAAAACGUUUCAAAUCCUCUAAUUUUAUUUCAGAGCAUUUUAAUGUACAGAUCGCAAGUAAAAAUGGCAUUGGGAAACACGCACAUGACCUAUACAAUCAUCCUUUAUGAUAUUUAACAGUAAAUGCAUAUUUAUCGAACACAUGUACAUGAAUCAACGUUAUAUUUGAAUAUCAUAAGGUGACGGUUUUUUGAUAUUUUUGGAGCAUAUACAUGUAUCUAAAAUGUUCACAAUCGUUUAACGAGAGAUGCAAUAUAAGCUGUCAGUUAGUCAGACAAUAAAUGGUGACCAGCACCGACCAAUUAUCCGAAAACAUUCACUAAUUCUUUGUUCCUAUCUAUAGAAACAAACCGUAUAAAAU